GUAAGGCACGCGGAAUUGGCGAAUCUUGAGGAAGAAGGGAGGAACUGUAGAGUUCAGCAGCGGCGAGGUCUGCUUGAGCAGAGGAAGAAUGAUUGUGAACAGCCUCUCACUGUGCUACCACAACAAACUCAUCUUAGCUCCUAUGGUUCGGGUAGGGACUCUCCCAAUGCGGCUGCUGGCCCUGGACUAUGGAGCGGACAUCGUGUACUGUGAGGAGCUGAUCGACCUCAAGAUGCUUCAGUGCAAGAGAGUUGUCAAUGAUGUGCUCAGCACAGUGGACUUUGUUGCCCCUGAUGACCGAGUAGUCUUCCGCACCUGCAAAAGAGAACAGAGCAGGGUCGUCUUCCAGAUGGGGACUUCAGAUGCAGAGCGAGCCCUUGCUGUGGCCAGACUUGUAGAAAACGAUGUGGCUGGUAUUGAUGUCAACAUGGGCUGUCCAAAAGAGUAUUCCACCAAGGGAGGAAUGGGAGCUGCUCUGCUGUCAGACCCUGACAAGAUUGAGAAGAUCCUCAGUACUCUUGUUAAAGGGACACGCAGACCUGUGACCUGCAAGAUUCGCAUCCUACCGUCGCUGGAAGAUACCCUGAGCCUUGUGAAGCGGAUAGAGAGCACUGGCAUUGCUGCCAUCACAGUUCAUGGGAGGAAGCGGGAGGAACGACCUCAACACCCUGUCAGCUGUGAAACCAUCAAAGCCAUUGCUGAAACCCUCUCCAUUCCUGUCAUAGCCAAUGGAGGAUCUCACGACCAUAUCAAAGAUUUUUCGGACAUCGAGGAUUUUCGACAAGCUACGGCAGCUUCUUCAGUGAUGGUGGCCCGUGCUGCCAUGUGGAACCCAUCCAUCUUCCUCCAGGAGGGUCUGCGGCCCCUGGAGGAGGUCAUGCAGAAGUACAUCCGAUACGCUGUGCAGUAUGACAAUCACUACACCAAUACCAAGUACUGCUUGUGUCAGAUGCUACGAGAACAGCUGGAGUCGCCCCAGGGAAAGUUGCUCCAUGCUGCCCAGUCUUCCCGGGAAAUUUGUGAGGCUUUUGGCCUUGGUACCUUCUAUGAGGAGACCACCCGAGAACUGGACACGCGGCGGGCUGAGCUCUUGGCCAGGACCCCAGAGGAGGAGAAGGAGCCAGCUGAAGACACCUCUGGUGUCAUUAAGAUGGCCGUCAAGUUUGACCGGAGAGCAUACUCUCCCCAGAUCACCCCCAAGAUGUGCCUGUUGGAAUGGUGCCGGAGGGAGAAGUUGGCACAACCUGUAUAUGAAACGGUUCAACGCCCCCUGGAUCGGCUCUUCCGUUCUGUUGUCACUGUUGCUGAGCAAAAGUACCAGUCUACCUUGUGGGACAAGUCCAAGAAACUGGCGGAGCAGGCUGCAGCCAUCGUCUGUCUACGGAGCCAGGGCCUCCCUGAGGGUCGGCUGGGUGAGGAGAGUUCCUCCUUGCACAAGCGUAAGCGGGAGAUACCUGACCAAGACCCUGGGGGCCCCAGAGCUCAAGAGCCAGCACUGCCUGGGGAUCUGUGCAAGAAGCCCUUUGUAACCUUGGGAAGUAGUAAAGACAACCCUCUGGAAGGCUGGUGACCACUGUCUACCUUGGUUACCAUCCCCCCACUGUGGGCCUGGCCCUAAGGUAACUGUGGGUACAGAACAUAAACCAGAUGAUAUUGGACAGUUUGCUGCCCCUGCCUGACAGGUGUUCAGAGGUUCUGGCCUGGCCCAUCAGCCUGGAGCAUGGGCCAAAGGGAGCCCAGAGUGCCUACCUCUCAUGGUCAGUCUGAGUAGCAGGGCCAAGUUUCCAAUGACCUCAGUAUUUUCUUUGAAAACAGGGGCUUUUUCAGUGGCACCUCCCUAACCUGACAUUGGUACAGUGCAAUAAAGACACCCUCUACUCUUACCCACGGCUGGCUGCUUCAGCCUUGGGCAUCUUCACAUACAGACUGAUGGAUGGAUGGAUGACCGGGCAUGAUUAUUCUGCUCCCACCCUCUGUGAAGAGCUGGAGCUUCCUUAAAUGCCUAUUUCCUAACUAUCCUUGCAAAUCUGGGAGGAAGUGAGGGGCAGGAUAUCACCUUAAGUGCUCAGUGGACUUGAGCUGAGCCAGGAAGACCGAAGAAGCCCAUUCUACUGAUGACAAACCUGAGGCAAUGGCCAUCGGUUGGCUUUCUCGAUGAGAGACGACGAUAUGGAACCUGCGGGAACAAUUAGGGUAUCUGGACCUACUCAGGCAAGUUGGGAGCGCUGGGUGUGAGCCCAGCUAUCUGGAGCUCACACCUACAAAGUGCCUGCUCUGGGCAGAAGACUUUGGAGACUGCUGAUGACAACAAUUUGGGGCCCUUGCGAUUGCCUGCCCACGCCACCUCCCCACCCCCACCAUCCGGUUUGAGCCGGAAGUGGCAGAUUCUCUUUAAUUUCCUCCUGGCAGUGAGAAGCAAACAAACGGCUACCACAACUCAACUUGUGGGGCCACCCCCGCUUACUGGGAGGGGCAUUCUGACCAAAGGUCCCUGCCCAGAGCUGCUCCUUCUUCCUCAGCUGUAAACAUGUUGCUUCUCCCCUUUCCCAAGCUCUGAGGGAAGAGGGGAAUCCCCUCUGGGCCAAGACUAUGCUCCUCCCAUCUCCCCAAGGUCAGGCCCCUGCACCAGCCAGCAGCCCCGGCCGUUCCAGCCUGACUCAAGGGUUGUGCUGGUGAGGGCUCUGUCUCAGUCCCGAACCACUACGUUGCUCUUCUGUGUGCAGAUAAGGAUACCGU